AUGUCCAAAUUCAUCGAAAUCCUCGAUGAAGGCGACGGCGCGUCGCUGGCCCAGCGCAAGAUGUCCGAGUCCGACGUCAAGCUUGAAGACGUCUUGGCCGACCACGAAGCCACCGUCAACCGCUCGCGCUCUUCGACUCAGUCGUCUAGCAAAAGCCAGCACUUACCCUCACUACCAUGGGCUCGCGAUGCCUCGGAGCUGCCCACUUCGUCGUCCUCGUCCUCAUCCUCAUCGUCGUCGUCGUCGCCGACGUCGCCUCAGCCAAAGGUCAAGCGAUUGCGGAAAUUCACACUGACGGGUGGUUUCUCAUCACGUUAA